AAUGGCGGACGAGCGAGUGUUUGGCGACACAGAGAUUUGAAAGCUUGCUMUUACGAAAAGAAUUGGUUGUUGUGUAGUCCCAAUAAGAAUGUGAACAUUUUUGGAAAAAUGGAAGUGAGCAGAGAGGAAGCUAAAAGAAUUCUUAGAAGGCUAGAGCUUGAAGCCUAUUCAUCUAUUGUCAGUACCUUCAGAGCUCAAGGAGACCUGAAUAGAGAGAAAAAGAAACUGUUGACAGAUCUUGGAGUGCAUCUAAGUAUUUCAACUGAGAGGCAUAGAGCAGAAGUAAGAAGAGCAUACAGCGAUGACAGGCUUGGAGCUGUAGCAGAAUGUAUUGUUGGGCCAAGUACCUGCUCUGAAUGGGCUGCAGAAGGGAGAAGGCUUGUGCCUUUAAUGCCACGSCUAGUACCCCAGACUGUUUUAAGUGGAACAGCGACAGCAUCAGCUAAUGCUGCUGCUGCUGCAAAUGCACAAGUUGCCCAAGCCAAAAAGGUGGCUGGCUCUUCAGCUCAGGCAUCAAAGGAGUCYUUAACUUCAUCAUUGAAGCAAUCACCAACAAAACCAUUAGCAAGACAAAGCUCAGAGACAGUAGAUGUGGAAUAUGACAGUGAUGAUAAUAAAUCCAAGAAAAAACGUAAACUCAGUCUCACCAGCCCAAAACCUGUUCAAAAGAUCUCUCUGAACCCAUCAAUGUUAGGGAACAAGCUUGGAAACAAAACCUCCUCAGUUAGCACCAGUACCAUGACAAAAGUUGGAAAACCAUCAACAUCAAUGGGAACAGUAAAAGCAACACAAAAGCUUGUUCUGCCAGCAUCACAGUCUCAAGUAAAGCUCCUGACAAAGACAGUUUCCAUUGGACAGACCAUCAGUCAGGCAAAGACAAUGCUUAACUACAAGACUGUAGCCUCAACUAACCCAGCAGCCAUCAAAGUCCAAACAGUAUCAAGCCAUACUGCACCAAAAGCACAAGUGAAGAUAGCAGUGCCAUCUAAAAAUGUACUUGUGCCCAAAGCUAGUGUGUCAACAAGCUCUACAAAAGCAGUCUCSAGUAUCUCGCCAAUAAAAACAGGRAUAACAAUGACACAGUUUGCYUCUAAACAGAGGGGAAAGCAACCUUCAAGGUUCAAGCCAUUACCCGGCGCAGUGAAGUUUAAGUCUGUCAAUGCCCUUGCCAUGGGGAUGCCGUCAACACCUGUGACCAUAGCAACACCAACCACAAAUAUUACCACUUUAACAGGUUCUACUUCAACAACUGCUUCAAGUACCCAGCCUGUUGUUAGAGUUAUCCAAGUUCCUGGAGCUGCAAACAGCUCUGCUGGUAAAACAAUACAGCCAGCAUUGAAUACAACUGGUGCUUCUAAACCAACAGCACUACCACUAUCUGGUAGUUCAGCCAUUACCAAGAUUCCUAUUUCAACAACUCAGUCAUCGGCAAACAGAAUGGCAACAACUUCAACAGUUCCAUCUGCAGCAAAGACUGUUGUCAUGACAACCAUAGUWGGUGGUACCAAGAAAGUUGUACUCUCCGURCCUGCYCCAGUCACACAAGUYCAGGGUAUUCUSAGRGGGAAUAUGAACAAACCUACUAAGACUACAGGUAUUACAUCUCAACAAAUACUAACUACUGGAGACAACACUACAAAGCUUGCUGCUGAUAAACAAGACACUAGUGUUAAAGUAGUAAGUGUACCAUCUCUGGAAUGUACAGAACCUAGCAGUGUCCUACAGGCUCCUAUACCCAUCAUACCCAAGCAAGGCCCAGCACAGGUGGUGUCAAGUCAAGUACGGACUAGACCUCUACAAACGUUAUUACCUGCACCACCUAAGCCUGUAAUUGUGUCAACACCAACUACAKUGUCAAGUAACACUGUGGUACGAAAACUACCUCAGAUAUUACCAGCCCCUGCUAAGACUACAGUCAUAUUACCUGUMGCUAAACCCAACCAGGCAUUAACUACCACUAGUGCUAUUACUUCAUUAGCUAGUACUUCUUCGUUAGGUAAUACAGCUUCGUUAGGUAAUACUGCCUUGUUAGGUAGUACUGGUAAAGUGCCACUUGUCCAGUUUGUGGCCAAAUCAACACAGCCAACCAUGGUGUCUAAAUUGUGRGUGUCCAAGACUGUACCAGUUGUCUCUACUCAAGUGUCAGCAGCUCCAGGAACUUUGCUGGCACAACCUGGACAACAGAUYACUAUUACCAGCAAAUCAGCAGGUACUUUGCAUAUUGGUAGCACACAAGAUGUYAAACAGCUUUCAUCUUUGGAAGCAGGAGGACAUUGUGAAAAGGAUSAAAAUAAAAACAAAAGCAAUUCCAGUGAUGUAACUAGUGGAAACAAAGAACCAUUAGACAAUGAAGACAGCAAGGCUGAUAACAAUACAUCUUCAGAAGAUGACUCUCUAUUYGUUUGUUCAGAGACAAUUGACAGUGGUGCAGGCUUACAUGAGAUAUCUUCUCAAGAAGUGACACCAGAGACCACACCUGUUGAAGAACUGUCAAUGAGCACACCACUGAAGCCAUCACAACUUUUCAAUAUCACUGAUGAUAAKAAAGAGAGUAACCGUGAAYCACUAUCUUCUGUAACASCUGUAACUCCAACACCUCCUCUCCCUGAAAACCCAAAAGUUGUUGUGGAGGUCCUAGAUGCUCUAGAUMCACAACCAACACAGUUAAAUGCAAACGAUCAUGUUGAAGUGGAGGAAAUCAAGGAUGGAAACAACCAAGAUAAGGUUUUAGAAAAUAGCACAAAACUUGAGGAAAAUAAAGAUUUUGAUAAAACUGGAAAUGUUGAAGACUAUGAUGCUGUGAAUUCAUUUUUGGAAAUAUUUUCCCAUGAUCAGGUUGUGGACAAAGAUGAUAAAACUACAAAUAAUUCAUGUACUGAUAARGUGAAUGCAGCAGAAGAUAAUGGCGUGAAAGAUGAAAAAAUUAAAAGCAAUACAAACACUGAUAAAGAAUCACUUUGCAACACUGAUGAAAAUAAUAAGACUUCUUUMCCUGAUUUAUCAGCUGGAAGCAGUUCGAUAUUGAGUGAUUUUGACUUUUUAGACACUGGAAUAAUUAAUGCAAAUACUUCAUCCUCUAGUGAAUUGCAACCAUCAGAUGUUGUACAAAAACACAACAUUAACAUUGUGCUCCAAGAUGUCUGUGAAAAUGCUUCGACUGGCAGCAGUCUUAAUGUUCAUAGUUUGAAGGAAUUUGCUCAAAAAGCUAUUGAGGAAAACAACUCAAGRACUCAUAUUCCACAAAACAUAAAUAUUUUAGAAAAGAAUUCUACACAAAUGAGCAAUACAAUUUCGACAAGUUUGAAUUUAACSAAUAAUGAAGACCUGGCAACAUCAAGUUCUGGUGGACAAGAAUUAUCAGAGAGUGAGAAGCUUGCAUUAGAAGCAAUUGCAAAUGUGCGGACAAGCAGUAGAAAAAGAAAACCGCCUACUGUUCUUACUCUUUCUCCUCCAAGGCAAACAAGUGGAUGGGUUAGAGGAGCACUCAGCUUGCUGCAAAAAGUCUGCAGUUAUCGUGGUCAGGGAAGAAAGAAAGGUGACUACAGUGCAGCCUCAUGGUUCCUUCGACCAGUUGAUCCUAAUGAGGCACCAGGUUACUUUAAAGUCAUCAAAAACCCAAUGGAUCUGAGUACUAUCAAAACAAAACUAGAGAGUGGUGCAUACAGAGACUACAUGGAAUUCCAUGAAGACAUGGUUUUAAUCAAGACAAACUGCUUCAAGUACAAUCCACCUGGCCAUGACAUAUGGAAGGAUUGUGAGGAAGUUUUUGGCUACUUUGAUUCAGAGUAUGAAAAGAUGUUGGAAAGAUGGGAAAAGUGCCAUGUUUCCCCAGCCAAAAAGCCUCGUCCUAUGCCUAAACAAGAAGUACCCUCUUCAGCAUCCUGGUAGACAGUAUGCGCAGACAUUUGUUAUUAUUAUCUAUAUUUYAAAAUAGAUGAUAUUUGAUCUGCAAGUAUUGUUUUAGAUAUAGUCAGUAUUAUCUGAAAACCAAGCAUGGAACAAAACAACAUAAUAUUAUAUCUGUUUAGAUCACAAGGAAUAGAGGACAGACAAUUACAGGAGGGGCAGAUCCAAGGGGGCUGGUGCCCCCCAUUUUUGUCCUAAAUAUAUUYCUAUAACCAAAAAAUUUAAAACCACAAAAUUCAAAAUGUUCACCCCCUUACCAAGUUGCAUAAUCAGAUAAGAAAUACUACAGACUGAUAAAAAAUUAUGGUUAAAUUAACCAUUAAGAAUUGGUCAUUUCAGAUGCAUUUUGUUGUUUUUGCAUUUGAGAUAAAAAUUUCCUUAUUGGUUGAUUUAACCAUAGUCAACUUUACAGUGCAUACAAAGCUGUAUACAGUAUGCAUUGGUUAGAAAUGAUUCAGUUUGUGUUCAAUGAAAAGCCAACCACUAUAUAUUGGAUUUUUUAGUACUAAUUUGAGGACAUCAAAAUGUUAUUAGUGGCCUCUGUUYCAGUGUCUUCUGUAGUAGCCUGCAAUGGAGGCUAUGUGGUUAAUCCUUGAUGGCAGAAUACUGCGAACAGGAUCAUUUAAAAAAUCAUUCAACAUCAGAAUAAGCUGUUUUUAGAUCAUUUUCAKUUCUUCAUGCAGCUUUCAUAAAGUCAAGGACUUUCUUUUUUUCUUAUACUAAAAUAGGUUAAAAUGAUAAUAUAUAUAUUGCAUAAUCGAUUGCUGACAUUGAAUCUACGAAGCAACUUUUUAACCAAUUGAUUGUUUUUUAGUCCUGUUUAUACGAUUUCUUUGCACUAGAUGAAAUCUUAAUAUACAUUUAAAGUUGCUCCAGGGUUUAGUGUUGACACCUAUUUCUCCAAGAAUAAUAAUUCAUCUUGAGUGAUGAAUUCAAAACUAUAUAUAACUGUUUGAAAGUAUGUUACCAAGGUUUAAUUAGUUUUUUCCCCUCCUUCCCCAUUUCGAAGUGAAUUCUGGUUGAUAUGACAACUUCUAUUCAGCUUUUGAAGGURGUAAACAUUGCUUUUGWAGGUGGGCGUGCUAAAAUAAACCUUGGACUACAUAAUUUUUAAAAUUCUGUAAUAUAGAGAGAAAAAGUACAMUGGAACCCCGACUUACGGCCACCCACUUUAUUCGGCAACCUCGUCACAACGGCCAAAUUCAUAUUAGGUACCGGUGAAUUCAAGAUCCAUACUUUUCUUCCCGCUUAAUAAAGUCACUUCGUUGGCCGGAUUAACGAGGUUCCACUGUAGGACAUUUGAAGGUACAAAGGAAGGUUCAAAAACAGAAUUUUCGAAAAUAGAUGUAUYUUUUGCUGUUUUUAUGUUCCUUUAACCCACUGUUAAUUACUGGUAAAGUCGUUCACGUAUAUGAUUUUAGCUGGUAAAAGAUGCGUGCACUAAUUUCUUUUUAAAAAAUAUGCUCUCGUUAUUCCAGCUGCAGGAAUCUUAGAGUUCUUUUUGAAUUUUAUUAUUGACAAUGGCAAUGUAAUAAACCAUAGUUGAUAGAGAGUCCUCUCUAUUAACUAUGAAUAAACUAUCACGCACGAACAGUCGAGGGAUAUUAUACUCGCUGAAAUGCGGCUUUACUUCAAAAGUGACAUUUAUGUAUCAUAUUUUAUGCAAUUUUCACUCAGUGACCAAGCAAGUUUGCUUGGUGCGACAAUCAAGUCACUUAUUUUUUGUUUGACUGAAGUCUGAUAUUAAAUCAAACUCAAUAUAUUUGUAUAUAAAUGAUUAAAGUUUUAACCUUUUAAA